AUGAAAGGUGGUGCAGCUGUAUAGUAAAACACUGUGAUUGAUAAGAUAUCAAUAUUAUAAAAUAAGAUAUUUGCAUAUAGCAAUUUAGCAGAAAGAGAAGGAAAAGUAAUUUUUCCAAAUAUUUUUACACGGUAAAAAUAUAUAAAUAUACUAGAUAAUAAGAUAUCAUUCAGAAUUUAGUUUUUCUGCAAAGAAUGGGAGUAAACGAUGACAUAUUUGUUUUGGGAUUAUUUUUGGUUGACCGCCUAACAACAAAUAACAACUUUUACCUAAACAAAAGGAAUAUUUACAAGUACCUAAUUACAUAUAUAUUUGGAAAGUCUUCUGAUGACAGCCAUCAUUCUGUGUCUUAAGAUGUAUGAUGAUAACCAAAAUGUUUAACACAUCUAUUCAAUAAUAUUUGAAACCAAUAGGGGGAUGCUGAACAAAAUGGAGAAAAAAUUCUUGAAGCUAAUAAAAUACUAACUAUUUGUGAAAACAGAAGAUUUCUUCAAUUACAGAGCUCGGCUUCUUAAAUUAAAAGAAUGAU